GUACGUGUACGCGUACGCGUUAGACCCAUCACAGCAUUAAUGGCCGCCACACUGCUCACAAUUUUCGGGUGACUUUGUGCUUUCACAUUUGCUUCGAAAUAUCAAGACAACUAGACGGCUUAAGGCAAAAGCUAGAUACGGUACGUACCAAGUAUCAAGGUAUAUCCCAAAGGUUAAAGCAACUUUAUCUGGAAUGGAAGAAACCACUGGCAUUCAAAAAAGCAGCAAUGAUUCACAGAGCCACUCAGAAGAGGAAAUUCUUGAAAAAAUGGGUGAAAUGAGUGUGGAAAAAAAGGGGAAAAGUCAGGACAAAGAGGGGAAAAAGGGCAAAAGAGCAGUUAAAGAUGCAGAGCACAUGAAUCGAGCAAUAACGCAAACUCUAAGUAGUCUACACACAUCUGAGGAGAAGAUUAUGUGUCUCAGCAAAAAAUAUGCUGAAUUGAUGGUUGAACACAAGGCAUUACAGAGAGAAGUCAAGGUUCAACAGAAACAGUACGCUACAUUGCAAAGAGAAAAGGAUCAUCUUCAGAGUGAGCAUGGACGAGCAGUGUUGGCAAAGAGCAAAUUAGAAAGUUUAUGCAGAGAAUUACAACGACACAACAAGACAAUUAAAGAAGAGAGUUUACAGAGGAGCAAGGAAGAGGAAGAGAAAAGGAAAGAAGUGUCGGCUAAAUUUCAACAAACAAUAAAUGACAUAACAACUCAAAUGCAGGAAAACCAUACACGUAACCUGAAGCUUAAAGAAGAAAAUUUGGAUCUUGCAACUAAAUUGAAGAGUCUGGUUGAGCAGUAUGAGCGGCGGGAAGAGCACAUAGAGAAAUUAUUCAAGCACAAAGAGUUAGAAUCACAACUCUAUGAUGCAAAGAUACAACAAGCAAAUAUUGCACUUGCUGAAGAGAAGGAAAAGUACCAGAGAGACAAAGCUUUGUGGAUGGUAGAAGCUGCUGAGAAUCGGAGGAAAUGUGAUGUGCUUACUAAACAAGAAUCUGAACUAAAAGCACAGCUGACUGUAUAUACAGAAAAGUUCGAGGAAUUUCAGUCAACGUUGACAAAGAGCAAUGAUGUGUUCCAGACACUGAAGCAAGAAAUGGACAAGAUGACAAAGAAGAUCAAGAAAUUGGAGAAGGAGACAAAUAUGUGGCGAAUUCGCUGGGAAAACACCAACAAAUCAUUGCUGGCAACAGCAGAACAGAAAAAUCACCAUGAGCGCGAGUCGGCAGAAAAUCGCAAUAAGGUGGUACGAUUAGAGAAGUUAUGUCGUGCACUGCAGGGUGAACGAAAUGCUCUCCUUGACAAGGCCAGGGCAGAAUCUAAUGCAUCAGAAACAUCUUGUCAGCAACAGGUUGAAGAAAAGGAGGCAAACCGAAGAGGAGAGGAGAUAAGUUGUUUAAGUCAAGAAGACAGUAAGGCUGAGAAUGUUGAGGAAUCCAGCCAGCAAGAUAGUAGCAAGUUACAAGAAGCUUGUAGCUCUAUACAAGAUAUUGACUAAUAAAAUUGACUUGAUGAAGGAACCGUAACCCUAACAGUCCUCAGUCCUUUAACAGGUGAAGGACUGAGGACUGUUAGGAUUAAAGCAACAUCUGGAUGGAAGAUUGUGGCUUCUUUUUAGAAUCCUGCAUUACUGUUUGAAGCGUGCAACAGGAACUUGAUUUGAGGCAUAAAUAUGAUCACAUCCACAGAGAUAUACAUCACACUUUAGUACACAGGACCUGCUACACAAUGCAUGUAUGAAGGGAAAGAAUAUAAUACUUGAAGUCAAUAUCCAAUGCUUUUGGGAAACAAAUCAAUCGGGUACCCUUAAAGAGUUGUUAUAUAUCAUAUGGAGGACUUUUCAUUCAAUACUAACUUGUUUGGGGUUUUUAAUAUGUUUGAGUGCUGUACAAAUGCAUUUGUAGGACUAGUUGCAGUGUUGAGGAUCAAGAGUGUACAAAUUUGCUUUGGUUUCUACAUUAUUUACACAGUAAAAAAAGAAACAACUAUUUAGAAAUUGCUUGCAAGCAGGUGGCAGUACAGGUUCUGUCCAAGAAUAUAUGAUUGCACUGUGCAGCACAACCCUAGAGGUGAGUGGAUAGCACAGAAGUUGUGCUCAUUGGAGAAAACUGUAUGUGAUUGAGAAAGUGGAUUUCAAAUUAAUAAAAUGUUACUGAUGUGGAGUGGUCAAUUUGCAUUUAGUCUUUCUUGGGUGUACUUACAGAUGUAACGAAUCCACUGCCACAUUGCUUGCACAUAGUGGUCCAGAUAUCUACUGAAUACUCCGAAAUCACAUCUAUGCUGUGUUAAUCUGAAAAGAUUCAUACGUGUAGGAAAGUUUAUUGCACAGUCUGAAUAUCAAGAGUCUUAACUUAUCAGAAGAGUUUUUGAUACCAUGUCCAUAGAAUGACUGCUACAUGUAUAAAAAAACAUUAACCUCUUAUCAAUAUGUAAUACUUUACUUGGUGUACUUUUUACAACUUAAUGGACACAGGAAAUUUUCAGUCUUCCAUUUACCAGUUUUUUCGGCACUGGAAACAUGCAAAAAGCUUGGAUGUAGUGGUAGCAUUUGUAAACAUAUUUUGUGAUAAUUCUUCAAACACUAAAUCUUUGGCCAAAUGACUGACCUUAUUCAGUGCUUUCUGUUAGGUGGCCAUGUUGUGAAAGUGUGUUCUUGACAAAACGUAUUGAGGUAAAAUUUUAUAUAUUUGAGUUUUACCUUUUUGGAUCAUUAUUUGUGGCAAAAUUUUUGAGGUUUAUUGAACAGUAGAGGUUUAUCUAGCCAGACAGUUAAGCAGGCAAUGAACUAUUAGAAAUCGACAAAUGAAGUAUUUGACCUAGUCUCCAAUUGGCUAAGUUGAGCUGCUAUGUUACCUCAGCAUUCCCGAAGUUCAAGAACUAUAUUUGAAAUGUCAACAUCUAUCUGUUUCUUGCAUACACUGUUGUGUAAAUCACUCCAAACUGUCAUUCACCACUGAUACCUCUUGUUGCCGCACUCUUUAUUUAGCUUUUUUUGGGGGUGUCACAGGUCAGAAUAUGUGAUGAUAGUGUGCAAGCGCGUAACAAUUGUUACUUGCAAGUUACCGUUUUCUAGAAAAUAAUCUGAUGAUCCCUAUAAUGUAUCUGUGUUAAGUUAAUAAUAUGACAUCAUGCAAUUCUCUCAAUUUUUGCUGAUUUGCUUCUAAUAAAGAAAACACAGAUUGCUAUGGUGAAAACUUUACUUUAUGAAAUUAAAAUUUUGUAGAUAAUUUUUAAUGAUA